CGCCAGUCAUCCGAAACAACUUCACCAAAAGAAGAAAUAAACGUCCGAGGGGGGUGGGAGCUCGCGUCUUUGGAGCCCCUUGCACGGUGAGAUCCUCGUGGCCUUGAUCUUGGCUGUAUGUCUGAGAAACCAACGUCCAAGCGCACGGCAUACUCGACACCGCUCUUCACUCAGCAUCCACGAGCACAACGCCAAAUCUGGUCAAGGGCACAUAUGUCUGUACGUGUCGCUUCUCAAGGGACCAGCCAGAAUGUCUGGAAGAAAUUGAAACCGGUCCGACAUGGGAUGUCAAAGUGUCAACCCAAUCACCAACCCAAAUUUCAAAAUGCAGUUCACCACAAUCGCUCUUAUGCUCUUCGCCAUCUUGGCUUUGGCCGCUCCUACUCCCCAGAACGACGGUAUCCUCAACAACAACGAUGUCUCGGUCGACGAUGUCACCGUCCUUGUCCCUGCGGCCGCCGGUAUCCCAGUCGUUGCCAACGUCUUGGGCGAGACCAUUGGCAACUCUGCCACCAACCCCAUCGCUGGUAUCUAAAGCCUUCCCGCGAUGAUACCAACAAGUCCCGUGUCUCCCCCCAAGCCUUUCGAGUUGCAAGAUACAUUUGGGAGCGAGACCAGCAGACGCCUGGGAUAUAAACUGGGGAUUGUGAUGGAUAGUAAUGUGGAGGAUCAUGGGUCAUUGUACGAUGGAGGUGUCUCAAAAAGUGGAUAGAGAUGGGAUAUGAACUCUGGUCCUGUAAUAUGCUUCAAUCUGGUCUCGGCAACAUAUUCGACAACCGGCGCUUUUUCUCAGCAAUGUUGGGGGUGGAUUGAAACUUGUAUUUGGAGGAAUCUUUAUGUAGCUUUGACAAUAUUUACACACU